AUGCUGAUGGUGAUCCACUAUUUGCAGUCCCUGCAGCCUCCCGUGGUGCCGAACCUCCAGCAGGAUUGGCCCGAAUGGGAGACGGACUCGCACCCUGUGAGCGAUCUGAAGUGGGGCAUGGAGAAUAUUUGUGAGACCCGCUUCUUCGACAAGGUCGACGAGCUCAGGCGCAACCCAUCGGCCAACGACACGAGCGACGCGGAGCUGCUCAUUGGAUUCUUCAACUACUAUGGCUGGGUCUUCGAUUGGUCAGAGAAUGCCGUGUGCAUCAGACUCAAUGGCCCGGGCCGCUUCGUGGACAAGUUUAGUCUUCAUCCGCGCGUGGCGGAUGCCGAGCAGUGGCACAUCGAAGACCCCUUCGACGUCCGCCACAACUUGGCGAAACAUUGCACAGCAGCAGGACGCAAGCGGAUCCUACGAGCGAUGCGCCAUGCCUCCUCGCACUUGGCCUCCGCGAAGCUCACGGAUGUGUGUGGGCCCAAAGCUCAUCGCAGCUGGUUCCUGAAGUGUAAGGUGGACGCGAGCCUCAGCGCAGAGGCGCUGCUGGAGAAGUUCAGCGGCUACGAACUGCUCAGGAAGCAACACGGCUUGGAUCUAGAGAACCGUUUGACAGGAACCUCUUUGGAUGUUUACUGCGUCCAAACCUGGUCGCACGACCGGAUGGCGCCAGUCGUGCGAGCACAUGGCGCAUGGCGCCGCGCGGGUGCGGACGCGCUGCUGGCGCUGUGGAGGCGGUCGGCUGAAGCGAAAGCCCACAUGGCGCAGCUGAAGCAAUGGGGAGAGGCCUUCCUGGAAUUUGCCUCUCAGCCGGCUCGAAGAUCAGCGCAAAGCCUGAAUGAUUCCUAUUGUGCGAACUCCCAGCUGUGCUUGCUACAGUCCAGCAAGUUUGCAUUGGAGGAAGCCAUGGAGGAUUUGACGUAUCACAUCCACGACUGCGUUUGGACCAUGCCUGAGGUUCAACGCGUACCAGCUACCUCCUGGCAGUGAGACAGCGCCGGCCUCUUCCAGAGAGCAGCUGCGAAGCUUCUUGGGGUUCACUUCUGUGUCAUGUGCGCCUCAUGCCACAUUUGGAAUCAAUUAAAAGCCCGAAGCCUGCUUCUCAUGCAGGAAACUCCAGGCUCAAGAGAUGGACUUCCAAGGGCCACCGGCCAAUGCGAAGGAGAUUUUGCCAUUUCAAGGCAGUGUUCAGCUACGUUGGACGUUGCCUGAUAGAGCUCUUUAGUGUGCUACCAAAAUCCUUGAGGUAGCCUCGUCUUGGCUGUGUUUAUUUGAGCCGCUUGCCCCCGGGAUCACAGCCAAGUUUGAGGGGAAAA